AUGAGGAUCUCUUCCAUCUCCCUUAGCAUGUUGUUGGUGGUGCAAGCAUUAUGCGCUGCUACACCUAGGGACGACGACUAUAGCCAGCUGGCAGCCCUCCUGCAGGAAGCUCAAGAAGUUGCCAAGGGGGAAUUGGCGGACACCGAAUCGAACGCUACAUCGAACGCUGGAUCAAAGCGCUCUGUAGAAGGUAGCUGCACUCUGCAAAACUUGUCAAUCAGGAGGGAGUGGAGCACUCUGUCAAAGCAGGACAGGGAGGCCUACACAGCUGCUUGCAACUGCCUGGCUUCUAAGCAACCUAGGACUCCAGCAUCUUCUGCUGGUGGUGCCAAGUCACGAUGGGAUGACUUCACUGCAACACAUAUCGCACAGACGCCGUUCAUCCACUUCACUGGGAACUUCUUGUCAUGGCAUCGAUGGUUCGUAUAUCAGAUGGAACAUGCCCUGCGCAAUGAAUGCGGCUACAGGGGUCCUAUGCCAUAUUGGGACUGGGCGCAAACCGCUAUAACUGGCUUGCAGAAUCACCCUCUUUUUGACGGGUCAGAGUACUCAAUGAGCGGUGAUGGGGCCAAGGUCGAGCAGAGCGGCGAGAUCAUUGUAUCUCAACCAACGCUUCCUACGAUCCACCUACCACUUGGUAAUGGCGGUGGCUGUAUUAAGUCAGGACCGUUCAAGGACUGGAAGGUAAACCUCGGACCCCAACAACUCUCCCUGCCUGGAGGAGCUGUUGUCGGCCCUCCAUCGGGCAAUCCUCUUGACUACAACCCUCGCUGUCUCAAGCGUGACUUGACUGAUUAUAUCAACAAGCGCUACGCCAAUGCUACCUCGGUGCUGAGGACACUCGCUGAAAAGACUAUCGUCAAUUUCCAGGCCAGAAUGCAAGGCAACCUCGACCUCGUGAACGGCGACAUCGGCAUUCACGGUGGUCCUCAUUACACUCUGGGUGGUGAUCCAGGUCGCGAUGUUGGUGUCUCGCCGUCUGAUCCAAUGUUCUUCUUGCACCACGGCGGUAUUGAUCGUGCAUGGUGGAUCUGGCAGAUGCUCGACACAAAAAACAGAGUGUAUGGCAAUAACGCUCUCAACGGCACGGGCACCUUCUUGAACUUGCCACCAAGCCCUCCGCAGACCUUCGACACAACGAUUGAAAUUCCAUGGGUGACUAAUCAAGUCGUCAAACUGAGAGAUUUAAUGUCCACGACAGCAGGACCGUUCUGCUACAUCUACCUCUAG